UGUUCUUCCGGGGUGAUUGCCACGACUUCCGGGGCGGGCCGCUGCGAAUGGUGAUUGCUGUGGCCCGGCUGUUUCCGAACCUGUGUUUCCAUGCUCCCAGCUGCAAUGAGCUUCCUCAAAAGUUUUCCGCCGCCGGGGUCGGCCGAGGGGCUCCGGCACCAGCUGCCAGAUACCGAGGCUGUGUUGAACGGGAAAAACCUCGGCAUUGGCACCCUUUACAUCGCAGAGAGCCGCCUGUCUUGGUUAGAUGGUUCCGGAUUAGGAUUCUCACUGGAAUACCCCACCAUUAGUUUACAUGCUGUUUCCAGGGACCUAAAUGCCUAUCCACGAGAGCAUUUGUAUGUUAUGGUGAAUGCUAAAUUUGGAGAAGAAAUAAAAGAAUCUCUUGAUGAUGAAGAAGAGGAAGACAGUGAUGAUGAUAUUGAACCUAUUACUGAAUUUAGAUUUGUGCCUAGUGAUAAAUCAGCAUUGGAGGCGAUGUUCACUACAAUGUGUGAAUGCCAGGCCUUGCACCCAGAUCCUGAGGAUGAAGACUCAGAUGAUUAUGAUGGAGAAGAAUAUGAUGUGGAAGCGCAUGCUUUAAAACUUUCUGUUUGUUUAGAACAAGGACAGGGGGAUAUCCCCACAUUUUAUACCUAUGAAGAAGGAUUAUCCCAUUUAACAGCAGAAGGGCAAGCCACAUUGGAGAGACUAGAAGGAAUGCUUUCCCAGUCUGUGAGCAGCCAGUAUAACAUGGCAGGGGUGCGGACAGAAGACUCAAUAAGAGAUUAUGAAGAUGGCAUGGAAGUAGAUACUACACCAGCAGUUGCAGGACAGUUUGAGGAUGCAGAUGUUGAUCACUGAAAAUGAUUUAUGUUGCUUUAAGGUUCUGCUCCUAACUGUAGGAGAAAACUUGGUGCCUCUUCCCUCUGAAGAGAGGCUGAUGAAAGUCUUUUUCCUUCUCCAAAACUCACUUAAACCAGUUCUUCCUCAAGAUAAACUAUACUGAGACAGAAAGUUGUCACCAGCAGAAGAAACUAUGACCUUUAUUAACAAAGGUGAAUUAGCUUAACCAAGGGGUAUUUGUAAUUUAUCAUUUACCCUAAAACUUUAUGUCUAGGUAACCCGCUGACUAGGCCUGUAAUUCCUGCCUUUGCUGUAUGCAUUGUCUAUGCUAGCAGGCCAGUGUGGUAAAAAAUGCACAGGAAUUGGGCAGGAAAUAGGAUAAAGUUAAGAUGAGGGGGCGGGGGGCUAGAGAUAUCCUUAUCCCUAAAAGAAAGGGCAGAGGUCUCAGAAGGAUCAGUCUCUGUCAUUCUCCACAGGGGCAAGAGUCACUAAUUUGGGGCCCAGAUUAAUUCACACCUGUCUAGGUGGUCUCUUGGGAAACAUCCCAAUUGCAAAUCCUACCCUACCAUAAAAAAGUGCUUCUGGGUAGCUUCCGUCCUUUCCACCUUGUUUUUCCAGUCUGCUUUGUUAUAGCCUCUGAGGUUAUAUCCUUUGAUUUCUGCCUUCUUAGGUUAGUUUUCUGUAACAGAACAAGUGAACUGAGAUAAGGUCCUUAAAGUACUCCUGAUGAUAAUUGUUUCGUCUUUGUAAUAGGUUAACAAAUAAAUCUAGGUUUUCUAUAA